CUUGGUGAAACUUAUAAACAGUGUUAAUCUUGUGAUGUUUAUCAGCUGCCUAUAAACAAUCCAAAAAAACAAAAAAUCAGCUGCCUAUAAACACCGAGAGCUUGCACAAGCCAUUCAGCAGCAGCAAGAACCUUGAGGAACCCAACAAUGGAGGAGGAGCAAACUAAAAAUAAGCAUGCCGGAAGAAAGAAGGGUGGCCUUAUCACUAUGCCCUUCAUCUUCGCGAAUGAGAUCUGCGAGAAGAUUGCUGUGGUUGGGUUUAAUACCAAUAUGAUUAGCUACUUGACGAAGCAGCUCCAUAUGCCCUUAACCCAAGCAGCCAACACCAUCACCAACUUCAGCGGAACCGCCAGCUUGACGCCGCUCAUCGGAGCCUUCAUCGCCGACUCCUAUGCCGGCCGCUUUUGGACCAUCACUGUCGCCUCCAUUCUUUACCAGAUAGGUAUGACAAUCCUGACGACAUCGGCAGUGGUGCCGACCCUGAGGCCGCCACCGUGCAACGGCGGAGAAGUGUGCUCGCAGGCGGACGGCGGGCAGCUGGGAAUCCUAUACAUAUCGCUUCUGUUGACGGCGCUCGGGUCGGGCGGGAUCCGGCCGUGCGUGGUUUCGUUCGGGGCGGACCAGUUCGAGGAGUCGGAUCCGAAGCGGGGGAUGAAGACGUACAAGUAUUUCAAUUGGUACUAUUUUGCGAUGGGGGCGUCGAUGCUGGUGGCGGUGACGGUGCUGGUGUACGUGCAGGAUAACAUCGGCUGGGGCUGGGGCUUCGGGAUUCCCACCAUCGCCAUGUUCCUCUCCAUCGUCACCUUCAUUGUCGGGUACCCGAUUUAUAGGCACUUGGAUCCGUCGGGUAGCCCGUUUACCCGUUUGUUGCAGGUCGGGGUUGCCGCCUACCGGAAGAGGAAACUCGACCCGGUUUCUGAUUACAAGAUGCUGUAUCAGAAUCAUGAGAUUGAUGACCCAAUUUCAAGAGAUGGGAAGCUCCUUCAUACCAAACAUAUGAAAUUUCUAGACAAGGCGGCAAUAGUAACAGAAGAAGACGAGCUGAAAACGGGCCGAAAGCCCAAUCUAUGGAAGCUGAACACAGUCCACCGAGUGGAGGAGCUGAAGUCCGUAAUCCGAAUGGGCCCAAUAUGGGCCUCAGGAAUAAUCCUAAUCACGGCCUAUUCCCAACAGAACACAUUCUCCCUCCAACAAGCCUCAACAAUGAACCGCCACGUCACCGAAUCCUUCCAAAUCCCGGCCGGCUCAAUGACCGUUUUCACCCUCCUCACAAUGCUCGUCACCGUCGCCCUAUACGACCGCGUUUUUGUCCCCAUCGCCCGCCGCUUCACCGGCCUCGACCGCGGCAUCACCUUCCUCCGCCGCAUGGGCAUCGGCCUCGUCAUCUCCGUAUUCGCCACCCUCAUCGCCGGCUUCGUCGAGAAGAAGCGGAAACACGCCGCCGCCGGUGACCCCAUUUCAGUCUUCUGGCUGGUGCCGCAGUACAGCCUCCACGGCAUGGCGGAGGCGUUCAUGUCCAUCGGCCACCUCGAGUUCUUCUACGACCAGUCGCCGGAGAGCAUGAGGAGCACCGCCAUGGCGCUCUUCUGGACCUCCAUCUCCGCCGGCAACUACUUGAGCACGCUCCUCGUUACGCUCGUGCAUAAGUUCACGGCCGGCCCUGGGGGAUCCAACUGGCUAAGGAAUGAUAAUCUGAAUUUGGGGAAGCUCGAGAAUUUCUACUGGUUGAUUACUCUGCUGCAGGUUUUUAAUCUUGUUUAUUAUGUGUUUUGUGCCAAAGUUUACACUUUUAAGCCGUUGGAGCUUCAGGGGAAGGUUGUAGAUAGCUCUAAGGUGGAUGAAGUUCAACUUGUCAACCAUGUUUAGAUCACCUGAAAAAUGUUAGGAGGAUCGAAUUCACCGCAUCUUCAAUGAAGAUAUAUAUCAAUUAACUUGUGUCUUAUCGAAUA